GGCAACAAAAGCAAUAUACUCCGGUUUUUUGCAAAACUAAUCACACACAAACGUGUGGAACGGGACAGGAUGUUUGUCAUUUCGUACUUUCUCAGCGAUGACACGAUUUCAGUGUUUGAACCUGUAGAGAGGAAUUCAGGGUUUACUGGUGGGAUGUUCCUGAAAAGAAUGCGCGUUAAGAAGCCUGGACAAGAAGUCUUUAAAAGCGAACUAUCAGAAUACAUCCAGGCCAAGGACCUGUAUAUUGGAGCCAGAGUGAACUUGAAUGGCUACCUGUUUCACUUGCUCAACGCUGACGAGUAUACCUUACGCUACAUGGAGGAGAAUUCAGAUCAGUUUCCCAUGAGCAGCAUUGAACUCGUCCUACAAAAGCUGAAAGAACCAUCAAAAUCCAGAGAGCUCAAGCACUUAUUUAGAAAUGCUGACCCCAAGCUUACAAAGAGAGUGGAUUAUAAUGCAUUCAGGUAA